GAGCCAGUAGAGUUAAAAGAAGAUCCAAUAAUGGCCGACUCAUACACCACAACAUGACAUUCUUGCCGUGCUCUUCCGGCGUCUUACGGAGGACCUACCUACCGAUUAUGGAACUCCAACUGAUUCUAACUGUCGUCUUCGUCGUCGUUUCUGCAACCGUCGCCGCCGAUUACGUUCGCCCUCUGCCUCGCAAAGCCCUUCAGUUUCCAUGGGAUUCGAAGCCCGCCUCCUAUCCUCAGCAGGUGCACAUUUCAUUGGCAGGAGACAAGCACAUGAGAGUUACCUGGAUAACUGAUGAUGAUUCAUCACCUUCAAUGGUAGAAUAUGGGACAAUACCUCGGAGAUAUGACAAUUUAGCUGAAGGAGAGAGCAAUUCUUAUAGUUAUCUCUUUUAUAGCUCUGGAAAGAUACACCACACCGUAAUUGGGCCCUUGGAGGAUAACUACUUUUAUAGGUGUGGUGGACAAGGUCCUGAGUUCCAGCUUAAAACACCUCCUGCUCAGUUACCGAUUACUUUUGCUGUGGCUGGGGAUCUGGGUCAAACUGGUUGGACUAAAUCAACAUUAGAUCACAUUGGUCAAUGCAAGUAUGAUAUACACCUGCUUCCAGGAGACCUUUCAUAUGCCGAUUAUAUCCAACACCGAUGGGACACAUUUGGCAAGCUGGUGGAGCCUCUUGCUAGCAUGAGGCCAUGGAUGGUGACACAAGGGAACCAUGAAAAGGAGAGUAUACCAUUGCUAAAGGAUGGGUUUGAAUCAUAUAAUGCCAGAUGGAAGAUGCCAUUUGAGGAAAGUGGGUCAAGCUCAAAUCUCUAUUAUUCUUUUGAAGUGGCAGGUGCCCAUAUUAUCAUGCUUGGCUCCUAUGCAGACUCCUACAAAUACUCAGAGCAAUAUAGAUGGCUGAAGAUGGAUCUGUCAAAGGUUAACAGGAAAAGUACACCUUGGUUGAUCGUGUUAUUUCAUGUGCCAUGGUAUAACAGUAACACAGCUCAUCAGGGUGAAGGGGAUAAUAUGAUGGCAGUUAUAGAGCCAUUACUUUACGCUGCUAAUGUUGAUUUAGUCUUUGCUGGUCAUGUACAUGCUUACGAACGCUCGAAACGGGUGAAUAAUGGAAGAUCAGAUCCAUGUGGUCCCGUGCAUAUAACUAUUGGUGAUGGAGGAAAUAGAGAAGGCUUAGCUUCUAGGUACAUAAACCCACAACCAGAGUGGUCAGAAUUCCGAGAAGCCAGUUUUGGUCAUGGUGAGCUCAAGAUAGUAAAUUCCACUCACGCCUUCUGGAGUUGGCACCGGAACGAUUAUGAUGAGGCGGUAAAAUCUGAUGAAAUCUGGAUAACCUCUUUGGCUGGCUCAGGAUGUGUUGAACAGAAGAGAUAUGAACUCAGAAACAUGCUCAUGACACCUUAGAAUAUAAGGUCUGUUUCUGGCAUCCCUCAACUAGAGAGGUUGAUAAUGGAACAAAAAUGUAUACCUUGUUGCCACUAGCUAGCUAAUUGAGUGGGUUAGGUUUCUGUUCUGAAUUUUAGUACUUUGCUGCAUGGUAAUGCUUUUGUAUUUACUCAAGGCCUGAUAGUUGUCUCAUGUAAGUAAUGGUUUUGUUUGCAUUCUCCCAACAAGAGUUGUUUUCUAUGUAAGUAAAAGCUUAUUGCUUAUGUAGUGACCUAUUUCUUAGGUAGAAAUUUAGAUUUGAAUCUAACAUCGUGCACAUCGGUGCUGCGUUUUGUGCGAAA